CACGUGUCCCGGAGGCGGGGCCGGUCAGUGUCCCGAGCGGUGAGUCCCGGAGUCCCGGCUGCUGGUCGCGAUGGAGCUGCCGGCCGUGAGCCUCAAGACGAUUCUCCUGGUUCACUGGCUGCUGACAAUCUGGGGCUGCAUUGUGUUCCAGGGCGCCUACGCCUGGGCCAACUUCACCAUCUUGGCCUUGGGCGUGUGGGCCACGGCGCAGCGGGAUUCUGUAGAUGCCAUAAGCAUGUUUCUGGGUGGCCUGGCGACCACCAUCUUCCUGGACAUCGUCCACAUCAGCAUCUUCUACCCUCAGAGCAGCCUCACGGACACAGGCCGCUUCAGCGCAGGCAUGGCCAUCCUCAGCCUCCUCCUGAAGCCCUUCUCUUGCUGCCUCGUCUACCACAUGUACCGGGAGCGUGGGGGCGAGCUCCCUCUGCACACCGGUUUCCUUGGGGCUUCACAGGAGCACAGUGCCUACCAGAGGAUUGACUCUCCAGAGGUUCCUGCAGACCCGUUUGCAGGCCAGGAGGGCAAAGGUCAUGGCCCCCAGAGCUACUAGUGCCGACUUCACCAGAGUCCAGCACCCAGGCGUCAGACAGACUGUGGAGAAGUCAGACUCCAUCCACGUGCCUUUCUUUGUGCCUUGGACAUCAUUCUGGGGGUGUUCUGGCCACCAGUGUGUCCACUCUCCUUCACCUCAGGGUUUGCCAGAAGCAGGUCUCAGGCACACUCCUGUCCCCAGCUCCCCAAGGCCUGCCAGGGCCAUGCUGGCUCUUAGAUGGGGACCUGGCUCCCUCUCCUCACCUCCAGCCUUCUGCUGCUCUGCACAGGUCCUGCCUGAGCUGGGCCGGUGAGGCCCCUGAGAAUCAGUGAGAUCUCUCACCCAGGCCUCCCACGGAGACAUUCCAGGAGCUUUGCGUCCUGCUCCCCCAGGAAAGAGGCCUACAGGUUUCUCACUGACCUCAAAGUGGGUGUCUGGGAACCCCGGAGCCAGAGGCAGGCAGCAUGUGCAGCCCCUGGGGCCCUCCUGACAGCCUUGGCAUUAAAGCUGGGGGAUUUCUCAACA